UUGAAGAAGAAAAAAGUUCGAAGCGAAGAGUGAACACAAAGAGGACGACGCUCGAGUGUAAACUAUUACACUUUGCAGCUUUUGGAUGUUUUUUUUUGUCUUUAAAGACUUUUUUUGAUGAAUGCAAGUGAAUUAUAUGACUAAAGUCGAGAUGUUUCUCAGCUGGACCUGGGCUGUUCUUCUGCUGCCUGUGCUGAUUUCAGCUCAGUAUCAAGGAGACAAUGGAAUUGUCAUCCCAGAACAUGGAUUUUGUCAACCCAUCUCCAUUCCUCUGUGCACGGACAUCGCGUAUAACCAAACCAUCAUGCCCAAUUUAGUAGGCCACUACAACCAGGAGGACGCAGGACUGGAGGUGCACCAGUUCUACCCUCUAGUGAAGGUCCAGUGCUCCCCGGAGUUAAAGUUCUUCCUGUGUUCCAUGUAUGCGCCCGUGUGUACCGUUCUGGAGAAGGCCAUCCCGCCGUGCAGAUCCAUCUGUGAGAGAGCCAAACAGGGCUGCGAGGCGCUCAUGAACAAGUUCGGAUUCCAGUGGCCGGACCGUUUACGUUGCGAGAACUUCCCAGUACUCGGAGACGGUCAGAUCUGCGUUGGACAGAACGACUCUUCCGCCGCCACUGUUCCACCUUUAUCUGUUCCGGGUACCCAGGAGCCGUUCGGUCAAGACGGGCGAUUCCGGUGCCCGAAUGUUCUCAAGGUGCCCCCUUAUUUGAAUUACAUGUUCCUGGAGGAGAAGGACUGCGCGGCUCCUUGCGAGCCCUCCAAAGGCGGCGGGUACAUGUUCUUCACCGAGAAGGAGAUCAAUUUCUCCAGAAUUUGGAUUCUAGUCUGGUCCGUGCUUUGCUGCGCUUCCACGUUAUUCACCGUGACUACUUACUUGGUGGACAUGCAGCGUUUCAGAUACCCCGAGAGGCCCAUUAUCUUCUUGUCCGGCUGCUACACUAUGGUGUCCAUCGCUUACAUCGCCGGGUUCUUCCUGGGCGAUAAAGUGGUGUGUAACGAGAGCUUCAACCCAGACGGCUACAAAACCAUCGUGCAAGGCACCAAAAAGGAAGGUUGCACCAUCCUCUUCAUGAUGUUGUACUUCUUCAGCAUGGCUAGCUCCAUCUGGUGGGUCAUCUUGUCCCUCACCUGGUUCCUGGCGGCAGGUAUGAAGUGGGGUCACGAGGCCAUCGAGGCCAACUCGCAGUACUUCCACCUAGCGGCUUGGGCGGUUCCGGCGGUGAAGACCAUCAGCAUCCUGGCCAUCGGGCAAAUCGAGGGCGACGUUCUUAGCGGCGUUUGCUUCGUCAGCCUCAGCAACUUGGACCCCCUUCGGGGUUUCGUACUGGCGCCGCUUUUUAUCUACCUCUUCAUCGGAACCUCGUUUCUACUCGCCGGAUUCGUGUCGCUGUUCCGCAUCCGCACCAUCAUGAAACACGACGGCACCAAAACGGAGAAACUGGAGCGCCUCAUGGUGCGCAUCGGCGUCUUCAGCGUUCUCUACACCGUUCCCGCCACUAUCGUUAUCGCUUGCUUCUUCUACGAGCAGGCCUUCCGCCCGCAUUGGGAACGCAGCUGGGUCGGGCACAGCUGCCGUAGCCUCGCCAUCCCGUGCCCGUCGCACACGGGACCGCGAAUGACGCCGGAUUUCACCGUCUACAUGAUCAAGUACCUCAUGACGCUUAUUGUGGGCAUCACAUCCGGGUUCUGGAUCUGGUCCGGGAAGACUCUACACUCCUGGCACAAGUUCUACACCAGACUGACAAACGGAAAACACGGCGAGACCACCGUGUAGGAUGAAGGCAUAAAACGAUAACGCCGAUAACGUGCGUUUUGCCGCACUCGUUUGCGAUUUUAACGGCGGAAGUGGAUGUUCUUCGGCAUCGCAAAGCGUUUGGGUUCGACCAAACGGCGAGCUGGAUUAACGGCGCCCGAGCGGGACGGUCUGGUCUGACUGAAACAAAAAAAAAAAAAAACACAAAUCCGAAGUCUCCGUGUGUGCUGAAAUUCUACCUUCUCCUCUUCCUCCAUUUGCAUUUCACUUGUAAUUAAAUCCAACUGUAAAUAAUAUUUGUAAAAACAUGACAAAAUUCUAUAUAUUUGUAUUUAAAAGUAACCUCCUUAACUCUCGACUGUAUCUACUUUACUUUUGCACUGCCCCGAAACCCAAACAGGUCUCUUUUGUUACGUUUUAUUCCUCACAAUAUUAGUCAUGAUAUGGAAAGCAGAUCCAUAAAAUGUUAGGAUUACAGGUUGUAUUAAAAAAUAAUAAUAAUAAUAAGACGUGUAGUCACUUUAUCAUGAAGCUACUAAAUAGUCGUGUGUAGUUCACUAACAUAUGAUUGUAUAGGAAAUAUGGGUCUUAAUGCUUAAUGCUCGCUACAUGUCAUGCAUUUAUACACUUGACCUCAUUUUUGCUUGUUUUCCCCCAAAAUAUAAAAACAUAAUUUCUAUUUUAAAGAAGGUAGAAUGCCAUUAACUUCAUUGCAAUUGACAAUUUUAAAAUUUGGUUUGCCUAAAAGACUGGAUAGGACAGCUUUAGUCCGAUCUAGACCGAUCCUGUCUUGUCUUUGAGCAAGAACUGAUGAAACCUGUUCAGAUGGGAGCCGUUACUAAUGCUAACCACAUGUAGCAUACAACACAACAUCAGACUAAAGCUGUCCUAUCUAGUAUUUUAGCAUGAACUGAUGGAGAUUUUCAUCCGAGCAGGCUGCAUCAGUUGAUGCUCAAAGACUAGAUAGGACAGGACUAGAUAGGAGCCUGCUCAUAUGAGAGCCGUUACUAGUCCUAACCACAUCGGAUUAAAGCUGUCCUAUCUAGUCUUUGAGCAUCAACUGAUGCAUCUAGAUAGGACAGGACUAGAUAGGAGCCGGCUCACAUGAGAGCCGUUACUAGUCCUAACCACAUGUAGCAUGCACAACAUCAGACGAAAGCUGUCCUAUCUAGUCUUUGAGCAUAAACUGAUGAUUUUCAUCCAAGAGGGCUGCAUCAGUUCAUGCACAAAGACUAGAUAGGACAGGACUAGAGAGGAGCAGGCUCAGAUGAGAGCUGUUACUAGUCCUAACCAUAUCGGAUUAAAGCUGUCCUAUCUAGUCUUUGAGCAUCAACUGAUGCAUCAGUUGAUGCUCAAAGACUAGAAAGGACAGAUGAGAGCCGUUACUAGUCCUAACCACAUGUAGCAUACAACACAACAUCAGACUAAAGCUGUCCUAUCUAGUCUUUGAGCAUGAAUUGAUGAAGAUUUUCAUCCGAGCGGGCUUCAUCAGUUGAUGCUCAAAGACUAGAUAGGACAGGACUAGACAGGAGCCUGCUCAAAUGAGAGCCGUUACUAGUCCUAACCAUAUCGGAUUAAAGCUGUCCUAUCUAGUCUUUGAGCAUAAACUGAUGAAGAUUUUCAUCCGAGCGGGCUGCAUCAGUUCAUGCUCAAAGACUAGAUAGGACAGGACUAGAUAGGAGCCUGCUCAGAUGAGAGCUGUUACUAGCCCUAACCACAUCAGAUUAAAGCUGUCCUAUCUAGUCUUUGAGCAUGAACUGGUGAAGAUUUUCAUCCAAGCAGGCUGCAUCAGUUCAUGCUCAAAGACUAGAUAGGACAGGACUAGAUAGGAGCCUGCUCAGUUGAGAGCCGUUACUAGUCCUAACCAAAUCGGACUAAAGCUGUCCUAUCUAGUCUUUGAGCAUGAACUGAUGAAGAUUUUCAUCCGAGCAGGCUGCAUCAGUUCAUGCUCAAAGACUAGAUAGGACAGGACUAGAGAGGAGCCUGCUCAGAUGAGAGGCUUGGUCAGUUCAUACUCAAAAGACUAGAUAGGAUGGCUCAGGUCUGAUGCUGUGUCACAUGCUAGGACUAGUAGCUCCUCAUCCUAGCAUCAGUUCAUGCUCAGAGACUAGAUAGGACAGCCCUAGUCCAAUGUUGUGUCUAAUGAUCUGUGUUGUUCGGACCAUUAAGCAGGUUUUUGCUCAAAGACUAGCCAGUAUAGCACCAGAUAGGACAACGGCUGUCCUAUCUGGUGUUGUAGGUAAUCCGGUUACGAGUGAUUCAAUGACCUCGGUAUUUCGGAACACAAUCGCUUAUGAAUGUUUGACAUGCUGUUGCAGUCAUAAUGUCAGUUGUAUGAUAUUACCAAAGUUUCCACUUCAUUUUACUGCGAUUUUGUACAAAGUACUGCAGUAAAACUUGAAUUCUGUUAAGGAAUAUUAUGAAAAAAAAAUCAUACAUUUCAAUAAUGGAUAAAUAUAACGUUUUCGGUGCAGAAUGUUAGCUAUAUUUGUGGAUUAUCGUGCAAUUUCCUACAAAAAAAAUUGUGUCAAAAUAUGUGCAGAGAUGAUGGACCUACUGCUGAAACUGCAUGGUUCGAAUCCCGAAUGUUCCUCCAUAUGUUUUUCCUAUGAUUAAAUCCACUUAACUAGUACCUGAACACCUUUUGUCCUGGAAUUUCAAUCCGUACCGAAUUUCCCAUAUAAACUAAUUAAUCUGUCAUUUGGAUAAUUAUUGGGGUCGCUAUGUCACAGUAAGGG